CCCCACUUUCCCUUCAGGACCACUUCUGUCGCGCAAGAGGAUUCCAUACGCAAGCCAGGCUCUGCUCCACAGUUUUUUAUUUGACGUAUUCAGUCUACGUAGCACUGCUUUAGUUUACUUUUCCAACCUUGCGUAUUUCCAAAGAUGGCAUUGAAGUACGGGUUUCUACAAGGCACGUUCGGGCUUCCGUACGGGGGAUACUGUGUACAGCCCCGCACGCUCGCCGAUAUCCUUUUGGACGCCAGCAACCAGCACCUCAGCAUGUUCUGCGUAACCGGCACCUACGCCGAAGUGCUUGCCUGGCUCUCCCGCCAGGACGACAUCAUGGUGGCUAACCAUCACUGUACACAGGACACAUACACGCACGACCUGGUCGUCGAGCUCUACACACACAGCUCACGGCUCAAGCGACUAUUCAAGGGCCUUAGUGGCACCGACGUGCAGUUGGUCAUCCGGAUUGCACGCACCUGGGACCGGCGCCUAAACAGAACAUCGCAGGACUUCAGGCCGCUGGUGAAGAUUAUUGUGCCUGCGGGCAUUACGUUGAAGGAGAUCUCGGAGAAGAUGAGGACGUCAGCACCCGAUUCUGUGGUCGAUGCGACAGCAGACAAGGGCCUGCUGAGUGUCGUGCUGGAGAGGGUGUCAACAAGAGACUCGAUGCAGUGGCGUGAGGUUCGUGCAUCGAUGGAGCCGCGGGAGCAGAUGGAGGUGUGCGAUACCCGCGGGUCGCAGGAGUCGAGCAGCAGGGUCAGGUUCUUGCUGCCAGUGUACCGACGCUCGGAGCAACCACCACCAGCAUAUGCAGAGUAAUUUUAUUUUAAUGGGAUAUUGUGAAACGC